GUCACGUGUUAGAGCGCAAGGCGCCUCCCGCCGGGGCGCUUCCUGUCGCGGCUUCUUCGGCGGCCCAGGGGCCGCGGGAGGCCUGGGCGGUCCCCGGGGGGAGAAGGCCCGGGUCGGUUUCGGAUCCGCCGCGAGGCUGCUCCAGUCUGAGCCUCUUCCACUCCCCACUAGACAAGUGUCCAGGCUGCCAAGAUGCCAGGGCCAAGACCUCGGAAGGGCCCUCAGGCCAGUGGCCAGGGUGUGGCAGCUGCCAAGCAGCUUGGGCUGUUUAUGGAGUUCAGCCCUGAGGACAUGCUGCUGGGGAUGGAGGAGACUGAAGAUGAUGGGGACCUGGAGGCUGAGCUGCUGGCCCUCACUGGGGAAGCAGGGACCACAGGCAAGAAGCCAGCACCCAAGGGGCAGGCCCCCCUGCCUAUGGCCCACAUCGAGAAGUUGGCGGCGGACUGUAUGCGGGAUGUGGAGGAGGAGGAGGAGGAGGAAGGGCUGGAGGAGGAUGCAGACUUGCUGACUGAGCUGCAGGAGGUCCUGGGUGCAGAUGAGGAGGCUGGGCCCUUGGAUGGCAAUGAGACAGCCAGCCCAGGUGGCUCUGAGGAGAAGGAACAGGAAAACAUUGAACCUCCAGUGCAGACAGCUCUCCUAACAGCUUCAGUCCCAGCGGCUCAGGCUGGAGGGCCUCAGGGGCUGCAGGCUCUGCUGGAGGAUCGGAUCCACAACUACCGGGAGGCUGUGGCCAGUGCCAAGGAGACAGGUGAAGCAGCCAAAGCCAGGCGCUGUGAGCGCGGCCUGAAGACUCUGGAGUCCCAGCUGGCUGCUGUGAGGAAAGGCAGGAAGAUCAGUGAGGAUGAGAUCCCACCUCCAGUGGCCUUGGGCAAGAGGCCCCUGGCCCCUCAGGAAACAACCAACAGGAGCCCUGAAGCAGAACCCCCAGCUCCCCCUUCCGUGGAGCCAGACAACCCCUCCCAGCCUGAGACGAGCCUCUUGGGCAGCACUAGUAUUUCUGGCCCCCCUGAUUCAGACCCAGACCCACGGGCCUUGCUGUUGGCCCGACAGAGAGAGUACAAAGUGGCUGCCCUGAACGCCAAGCGGGCUGGAGACCUAGAUCGCGCCCGAGAGCUCAUGAGGAUUGGGAAGAGAUUUGGGGCCGUCCUGGAGGCCCUGGAGAAGGGGCAGCCUGUGGACCUGAGUGCCAUGCCCCCAGCACCUGAGGACCUGAAGCCCCUCCCACAGGCUUCCAAGGCCUCCACAGCACCCUCAGAUGUACACCCAGCAGUGGAGCGAGUGCAGCCAGUGAUGGCCCCUGACAUCCCGGCCACCCCAGUGGCCCCUACUGAGCCACAGACAGUGCUAGACGCCCUGCAGCAGAGGCUGAACAAGUACCGUGAGGCAGGCACCCAGGCUCGGGGCAGUGGGGAUGAGCGCAAGGCCCGGAUGCACGAGCGUAUUGCCAAGCAAUAUCAAGAUGCCAUUCGAGCCCACCGAGCAGGACGGAAAGUUGACUUUGCUGAGUUGCCUGUUCCUCCAGGAUUCCCCCCUAUACCUGGCUGGGAGCCCACUAUGGGUACUGAGGAGGAUGUGGUGGCAGCUACUUUAGCAGCUGCCCAGAAACUGGCCUCCUCAGAGGAUGCAGCCCCCGCAGAGGAAGAUGAGGACGAGGACAAGGAUGAGCCCCCAGCCCAGGCCCCAGUGGCCAAGAAGCCAACACAGCCUCUGGUCCCUUCAUCCCGGCCCCUGCCUGAGCCCAAAGCCUCGAGUUCUAAGGAGUCACUGAGUCCAGCUGUGCGAGAGCAGGUGGCCCUGCUGCAGGCACGGAAACUGCAGUACCAGCGGGCAGCCCUGCAGGCCAAGCGUGGCCAGGACCUGGAGCAGGCCAAAGCCCAUCUGCGGGUGGCCAAAUCCCUUGAGGCUCAGAUCACCCAGGUGCGAGCUGGCCGACCUGUGGACCUGUCCAAGGUGCCUUCACCCUUAACGGAUGAGGAGGGUGACUUCAUCCUGAUCCACCAUGAGGACCUGCGACUCUCUCAGAAGGCUGAGGAGGUGUAUGCCCAGCUACAAAAAAUGCUUCUGGAGCAACAUGAGAAGUGUGUGCUGUUCUCCAAGCAGUUUAUGCACCAGGGCAAUGUGGCCGAGACUACCCGGUUUGAGAAGCUUGCUCAAGACCGCAAGAAGCAGCUUGAGAUCCUGCAGCUGGCCCAGGCCCAGGGCCUUGACCCUCCCAGCCACCACUUUGAGUUGAAGACAUUCCAAACUGUGAGGAUCUUCGCAGAACUCAACAGCACAGAAAUGCAUCUGAUUGUUGUCCGGGGAAUGAACCUCCCAGCCCCUCCAGGGGUGACCCCUGAUGACUUGGAUGCUUUUGUGCGGUUUGAGUUCCACUAUCCUAAUUCGGACCAGGCUCAAAAAAACAAAACAGCUGUGAUGAAAAACACAAACUCUCCAGAAUUUGAUCAGCUCUUCAAACUAAACAUCAACCGAAACCACCGGGGCUUCAGGAGGGUGAUUCAAAGCAAAGGAAUCAAGUUUGAAAUCUUCCACAAAGGAUCGUUCUUCAGAAGUGACAAGCUGGUUGGCACAGCCCACCUGAAACUGGAGCGUCUGGAGAAUGAGUGUGAGAUCAGAGAGAUUGUGGAGGUCCUGGACGGAAGGAAGCCUACUGGGGGCAAGCUGGAGGUGAAGGUGAGGCUGCGGGAGCCUCUGAGUGGCCAGGACGUGCAGAUGGUCACCGAGAACUGGCUGGUCCUGGAGCCCAGGGGCCUGUGAGGUGGGCAGCUCUCUAGGCCCUUGGAACCUCUGUCCCCUGCUCACUGCCUGGGCCCCCCAGGGACCCUUCCAGUACUCAACUCAUAUCUAAGGAGAAAGCCUAGGAAUUUCUCAUCUGUGAGGAAGACCAAGAGGCAAAACUGUUGGGUAGCGCUCAGGCUCAGUGUCUCAUGAUCUUCAGUAGAACUGGGGAAGGAAGUUAACUUUCCCAGGUCUGUCUUCAGGAAACGCUUUCUAAAAUCUACUUGUACUUUCACUGCAGUUUAGACUUCCUGUGCUUUGUGCCCGUGUGCAACAGAGGGUCAAUGUAGGGAGUGGAGUCAGGCCAGCAAUUCCUC